CUGUCACCAAAACCUGUCAGGAUACUUUCAUAACUCGUAUUGAAAGCAGUCCUUUGUUCUCGUAUACUAAACCUAAACCUAAAACUGUUCUCUUAUAGGUGUGAAGUCAGUCUGUCAUCACAUUCCAGAUGAACAUCAGAGAGGCAGGAGUUGACACAAUAAGUAAUACAAAGAGCAGUGGCAAAGUUCAGGUGCCACUAACAUGUAAUUUUGAUCCUGCAUUUUUAUCACUCGAUAUUUGCAGUGUAUUGUAGCCAACGGAUACACCUUUGUGUCAUUGCAGGAAAUGUUUGUAAUGGGAGACCUGAUAUAAAGCUAUCAACUUCUAAAGGGCGCCGCAUAAGGGUCUUGGAAAGAAGUUCAAGAAAUACGAGACAUUGGAACCAUCCUUAUGAAAGAUGACACUGGGGCACAUAGUCACGAGUAUACAACAAACUGCACUCAGUAAUCCAGUGAGGCUGUCAGGACGAAAUGAAAGAUGGAUACAAGAAAAAUGAGGACCACUCAUGGAAGAAAAUGGCCCUGGUUUCAGAGAUGUCCAGCUGAGCCCUCUUGCCAGAGAAUCGAGCAAUACUUUGGACUUCUUCACCUUCUGAUCGAGUGACACAGGUGAUGGGCGUACCAGAGAGAGAUACCUCUCAAGACCAACAGUUCUCCAAAGAAAAAGAUGUGCCGGUAGUGUCUCUAGCCAACCCACAGGAUGCACUUGUUCAUCAGAACAGAGACACAGAGCAUCAAGCGAUGGUCUCGAGGCCAGAACAAUUGGAAGUGAAGGAGACAGUCACUCCAAUGGAUACAGCAGCUUCCCCACCACAAGCUAAGACAGGAAUGAAACGAAGAAGGGAGGCAGAACCUUCAAAUCCAAGAAAAGGUCGACGGAUGAGUGAUCAAUGAAAAGGACACACUAUUCAAGAGUCACAGAAUCAGACAUAAUAUGUAGCUGCCCUACGGUCUGUCUGUUUAUCAUCUAAGAACAAGAGCAUUCUUAUUCUAUUGUAAACAUGAGUCUGACAGAAUCAACAUUAUGCGAAUUAUCUGCACAUGCUCAAACACACACACACAUUAAUGCAUGUCCAGUCUCAUCUAAGACCAAGAGAGGAGAGGGGAAACCCCUCUCCCAAUGUUGUCCAAGAGCGGGAGGAAGGAGA